GCCCUGCUGCUGCCAUAUAUAUAACCUCGUCUUCCUCCCGUGCCGUUCUCCCAACUCACGAGAGUACGUGCGCCACAAAGUGCGGCGUGAAAAAGGAAAAGAAACCACCUCUCUCUCUCUCUCCCGUCCGUUCCAUCACUGCACCCCGCAACAAAACGCCAUCCUUCUUGAUUUCUUGAUCUGAGGUGGUGUUGUUGGUGGUGGUGGUGCUCCUGGUCCUAUUAGUGAAGCCGGCCGGUGCAUAGUGUGAGAUGGCCGUGCAGGCGCAGUACCUCGCCCACGCCUUCCCCCAUGACCCCCGCGCCAUCGUCAGGCAGCCUGCUCUCGACAACGCCUCGGUGUUUCAGCUGGACGAUCGCAGCCUCGCCGCCGCGGUGCAGCAGCAGGCGGCGGCGGGCAACACGGUGUUUAGCGACCCGCGCAGCGAGCUCACCUGCAACCAACAACACAACGGCGAUACCGGUUUCUUCGUGCCGAGGAAGCGUGCGCGGGUGGGCGGCGACCACGGGACGCCGCCUUUGAUCAUGGAAGGGCAACGCGCGCUGCUGCCGCCGGUGCCGCAGGCGCGAAGCAGCAGCAGGGCCGUGGGCUCCGGCGCGGCCUCCACCAGCGGGCGCCCUUCCGUGCCGGCCGUCUCGCAGGGCCUCUUCGUGUCUCAUCUCUAUCGCCAGAGCGUCGAGAUCGACGCGCUCGUCCGCCUCGAGAAUGAGAGGCUGCGGGCGGGCCUGGAGGAGGCGCGGCAUCGGCACGUCCGCGCGGUCGUGUCUGCCGUGGAGCGCGCCGCGGCGCGGCGGAUGCGUGCUGCGGACGCCGAGCUGCAGCAGGCGCUGGGCCGCAACGCCGAGCUGGACGAGAAGCUCCGGCAGAUGGGCGCCGAGGGGCAGGCCUGGCUCGGCAUCGCCAAGAGCAACGAGACCGUGGCCGCCGGCCUCCGCGCCACGCUGGACCAGCUCCUGCAGUCGCCGCCCUGCGCCGAGGGGGGCGGCGACGCCGAGGACGCGCAGUCGUGCUGCUUCGUGAGUGACCGAGGAGGAGGAGGGAGGAAAGCGUGCAAGGCGUGCGGCGGCGCGGACGCGUGCGUGCUGCUGCUGCCGUGCCGGCACCUGUGCCUGUGCCGCGAGUGCGAAGCGGUGGCCGAGGUGUGCCCCGUGUGCGCGGCCACCAAGAACGCCUCGCUCCACGUUCUCCUCCCCUGACCUGGUGCGGCAGGCCAGCGUGUCAAUUCAGCUGCUCGUGAUAUCCAAGGUCUUUGUCACCGGCCCAAAUUACGGAAGUUGUUUAUUUUCUCCGGCCCUCCCUCCCUCUCUCUUUCUCUCGUCUCCAGUCUGGGUUUUUUCUGUGGAUUGUCUCCCAAGAUCGAUACCCAAUCCGGCCAUAUUUUCGUGGUACGGUAUUUGGAUCAGUGUUGUUGAAACGGUGAAUAUAUUUUAGUUUUGUCGUUGAGGCAAUUAAAUUAGUUCUUCGAGUC